AUGGAAUCAAAUGAAGGCUGGAGGGGUACAUACGUAGGAAGAAGAGUGAGAACUCAUCAAACGUUGUAUGAUGAAAUGAUGUCUUCGUUUAAAGACCUAUUUCAAAGUACUCCAACAUGGUUCCAGGAAAUUUCAAUGGAAUUAUAUGAAGAGUAUCGACAAUACCCACCAAUUGAUUUCUUUCGUUUUUUUAUCAUACUCUCCGUCGUACCUCUUACUUUAUUAACGUUAUGGAGUGCCGUUGUUUUUGUAAUGGUGUGGACUGGUAUUAGCGGUGUUGGUCUGACAGUCACCUUGCUAUCACUUUUUGCCACUUUCCUAACGAUUAUUAACAGCACCAUAUGGAUAACAAUGAUCACCUGUGAAUAUUUAUUGACAUUAUUUCGGGACCUUGAUCAGAAUAAGGAUAUCGUCGUUCAAAGUGCUAGUAGGAACGCGGAGGAAAGUACUACAACCGCAGCUACGGGCGAUCCGGAGGAGAUUCUAGCAACAACUUCAACCAUUCUCGACGACCCUACAGCCUUUACAAGCACAGCUCUCAACAUUUAG